AUGAGCAAUGCAUUAUCAAGAAUAGAUACCAAGAAGAAAGUGAACUUGAAGCUAUUGAUCGACAAGAAGACGAACAAAGUCCUUUUUGCAGAAGCCGAAAAAGACUUUGUGGAUUUCCUCUUCAUCCUCCUUUCUUUGCCUGUAGGAACUGCAGGAAGAAUAGUUUAUGUUUGUUUAAAUUAUCACCAUCGGUGUGUUACUGCUCGGAGAGGUGCACCUUGCAGUAAAUGCAGUGCUUCAACGACUUAUGAACUGCCAUUUAUUGGCACCAAUAAUAAUAAUACAUCCGCUAGUAAUACAGCAACUAGUAGUAGUGAGGAAGGUUUUAUGAAGGGAAUGGUUACGUACAUGGUGACUGAUGAUUUGUCAGUGUCACCAAUGUCAAUGAUCUCUGGUGUUGCUCUGCUGAACAAGUUUAAUGUUAAGGGUUUUAGUGCACUUAAAGGGAAAAUGGUUGAGUUUGGCAUUGAUGAGGGUCUGGAAUUGUUGAAGGCUUCUCUCCAGUCUAAAGCAGCUCUUACUAGUGUUUCCUUGCUAAGGAUGAGAUCAAGGAUUGAGGUGUUGGUGUUUUUGGUUGCUAUAUGUGUUUUUGGUGGUACAUUGGGCGUGAUAAGGAGAGAUUCCACCUUUAAUUGGGUCUCCUCACUCAGUAGAAAGGAUAAAGAUCGUCACAGGAUUUAA